AUGUGCCACGAUGAGCGGCUGGAAGGUCCCUAUCGGCCUAUGGGACUCAAAGCAGCAUGCACUUUGCAUUCCUUUGCCAUUAGGCUCUACAGCAACACUUUAAAGUUGGUCUUCAAAUGCUUCCUCCCAAUCUAUAAAAUGAGUUAUGCAAUUGGAAUUGUGGGUUAUUUACCCAUAAUGUUUACAGUGCCUGGAUUUGUUUUAUCCUUUAGGGUCAAGAUUGACAGCUCCAUGGAUUUUGAUGCGACACUGCUUUUUAAUGGACUGUACAAUGGAGCGAUGGAAAGAGACUUUGCAGAGAUCUGUUUUAACUACAUAGCUUCUACCAUUGGGUUUUAUGACAUCACUGGCAUACCAACCAGGAAUUUGUCCAAUGACAUCUGUGCACUCUGUAGGUAGAAAAUAUUUGUGGAUAUAAAUGAAGAAAGGAUCACUGAAAAUACCUACCAGCUGUCCUGUAAUCGUAUUUUUCAUGAAUUCUGCAUCUGUGGUUGGUGCACAGUUGGCAAGAAACAGACUUGCCCACGCUGUGGAGAAAAGCUUGAUCUGAAGAUGACAUUAAGUUGCCCAUAUCCUUUCCCUAACAAGUGUGCUUUCGAUUUGGAUUUUUCUAAACUGUAGCCUGAUUACUUGCUAAUUCUUGUCUUGAUCUGCAGUGGAGGGAUGAGAUGCUCACA